AUGCCCCGCACUUGCUUACUAGAUCGGCAGGAAAGACAGGUUCUGCCUUCACUGACAAAGAUGGAGGUCCUUUUUUUCCCAUUAAUUAAGAUGGAAGGGACCUUUGCUCAACAAGAAAGCUAUUUUAAGUACCAUUUGUAUGUAAGACGAAAAGGGACUACAGUAGCAGUUGUCAUCGCAGAUGAAUCAGUGGCUAAGGUGUACGAGCAGGUACUUGGUGAGUUAGAGGUUCAAAUAUCAUAUCAAAAAUCUCGAAUCUCCCGUACCGGCUGUGCAGAGUUUGCCAAGCUCUUUAGAGUUCGUGCUUUGAGUAAGGACCUUAGUCUGGUCUCAAUCCGUAACCUUUUGAACUACUUUCACCCCUAUGGUCUGAUGAGUAUUUGUCAGACCCGAAAGCUUUUUCAACCUUUAGCUAGGAUAGGUGGUUGUAAAGGACAGGCUUUGGCUAGACUUUCUCAUAGUAGAUCUCUUCAUUUUGAUAAAGUGUAUACUAUGUUCACUAGACGCCUUUUCCCUAUCAGUUAUUGGUGCGAAACCCCCCCGCAAACAGUCUUUCUUUGUCCAAUUCUUCCCGCUAAGAGGGCAUUUUCCCGUGCUCCAACAGAAUUCGAUGCCAUCCUCGUCUACUAUUACCCGAAGGAGAUAAAACCUACCAUUCCGGGCAUACCAUCUAAAGCUAAGAAAAUCUUCUCUUUCAAGCAAUUUGUUCACCCGAAGAGUUUCUCGUUUCCUUUCGAUCUGGUGAGACUUGAAGAUCCCGACGUUGUUUUCCUUAUGGAGACUUGGAUCCGGUCCCGAAAGGUGGAUGACGUCAGAAGAAUAACGAAGUUUAAGAAUGGUUUAUGUAUUGACCCUUGUGGCAAGAAGGGCGGUCUAGCAUUGUUUUGGAAAGACGAGCGUUGGCGUUUAAGUGGAUUCUAUGGACAUCCCAAAGCCUCGCAGAGAAAACAUUCUUGGCAACUCCUCAUCAGACUAAGCAACCAGUCAAACCUCCCAUGGCUCGGUGAAACUAAUUCAAUUCUGCACAUUAGUGAAACGACAGGGUCGGAAGAUCGAGCACCGAGUUUAAUGCGAGCCUUCAGAGAGGCGUUGGCAGACUGUACCCUACAUGAUCUUGGGUACAUGGGACAUGCUUUCAAAUGGUCAAAUCGAAGAAAGGCCGGCGGAGAAUCAAGUUCAACCAAGGGGGCCCCAGAAGAAGUUAUUUCGAUUCGAGUCGCUGUGGCUUGGAAUAGCCUAGUUAAUGGAUCAGCCCUUUCUCGAGUCAGUCAAAAGAUUCAAUCGUGUCGUACUAAUCUUAUCUUAACCGGAGUGAUCAAGACCAGUUACUCCUUUGUGCCAGCACUGGCGAAUUGUAUAAAGCCAUGUUUAUCCACAGGUUCUCAUUCUAUUUCUUCCUAUGGGAAGAACAAUGGCUCAAAUAGGAUUGGUUCGCGAAGAGGCGACUUAGUUCGUUCCUUUGAAUUGGAAUUAGCUAAUCUCGACAAAGGAAACCAAUGCGAGCCAGGCCAUAAAGAAAGAGGAGAUCAACCUAGCAGAGGAAUACGGGUAUUAUCGCCGCUAUUCCUACUGAAAAAGCCUCAGAGUAGGAAAUUGAAUCCAAAAGCUGCCCAAAGGCUGUUCACUUUGCCGAGAGGGAAGCCAAGAGCUGGUGAGUUCCAGUCUAAAAGACGACACCUGACUAGGCUAUCCCCCAACUGGGGGAAUAGGGUUGGUGUGGCUUCUUAUGGCCUAGAGUCGGCCUUUGGGGCUUGUCUUCUAUUUCCACUCGGGGAUAUUAAAGGGAAGAUUGCGCCGUCGAUCUUGAGCAGGAGAAGGUACGCGUUACGCAUCAAUUCAGCUUCCAAUUCUGUCCUUUUUCUCGAGAAAUUGACGAAUCUUUCUACUACAGUUGUCCUUUAG